UGUUUUGUAAUCACAGUUAAGUUUGUCAUUUUGUAGGUUUGUCAGUUGUAACUGCUGUUAGUUUAUUUUUAUUUUUAUUUUUUAAUGCAUUGAACAGAAAGAAUAUUUUCUCUGCAGACCUCAUAGUUAAACUUUCAGAAAGAAAGAAGCAUUAGUAUAGGCUAUGACUUCACUUUCCUAUCUUCAUAUCACUACGACAUACAUAGGCAGAGGAAGCUUAUUAGAGACAAGUUCUGGGCGGUCAUUUCUCUCAAACAAGUACACUGAACUUCAGCUGAGACAACUUUAUUUACACUUUCUGCUUACAUCUUAAUGACAUUUUAUCAGAAAACUAGUCAGUAGUCAUCUCUGAGAAAGGAAGCUCGCUUUGAGACAACUACUGAGCGGUCGUUUCGCUCAGACCAGACCUUAUUUCACACCAUCUGCUUGCAUCUAAAAGACGCAAUCAUCAAAAUAGGCAGCUGGCAACUCUGAGCAAGUGUUGAACUACCAUGACACCCAAUGACACUUCAAAACACUGUGGUUCGUCAACUCAGGACCUGGUGGCCACCGUCCUUCCUCCAAUACUCAUCAUUGAGCUGUUACUCGGCCUGCCUGGCAAUGUUAUGGCACUGUUAGUCUUCAGCAAAACCCUCAGGACUUGGAGGGCCAACGUCAUGUUCCUCGUCAACCUGGUUUUGUCUGACUUUCUGCUCCUCAUCAGCCUACCCUUCCGCAUCGACAACUUCAUACGUCGUGAGAAUUGGGUAUUUGGAGACGCGUGGUGUCGGAUCAACCUAUUCAUGUUGUCCGUCAACCGUUCAGCUAGCAUUGCCUUCAUGACGGCCGUGGCCGUUGACCGCUAUUUUAAAGUGGCCCAUCCGCAUCACAAAAUCAAUUACAUUAGUACAAAACAAGCAGGUGGGGUUGCCUGUGUUAUCUGGGCGGUUGUGAUAUCUCUGAGGAUCCCUUUGCUUGCCAACAAACUUCUGGAUAAGGACGGCAACACCUCUCUUUGUAGGAGCUUCAGCAAUUAUGAGACACCAACAAUAGGUAUUCAAGUGCAUAUGGCCGUGUUUAUCCUAGAGUUCUUUCUGCCUCUAUUACUCCUGGUCUUCUGCUCCGUGAGUAUUUCAUGUAUCCUACGUACACGCCAGAUGGACAAGGACAAGAAAGGGAAAAGGGCUAUUCGGACCGUCCUGGUGAUCGUCGGGGUUUUUGUCCUCUGCUUCUUUCCCAGCAUCGGCACAGGAUUGACGGUACUUUAUUUGAAAAAACUUGGAAACGAAUACUGUCAGGCUUACACGUUCAUCGGUCAGUUGUUUUCUAUGUCCAUAGCCUUCACCUAUCUAAACAGUGCUCUCGACCCGGUCAUCUACUGCUUCUCCAGCUCUAUCUUCCGCAAUUACUUGAAAAGUGUCGUCAACCGAACUGGAAUCAUGGAGCUACAGAUGAGCCGAAGGGCCAGUAUGCCCAGUGGAAGUGACUGAGAAUGGAUUUGGGAUUGUUUUUGUUUUUUUUUUCCCCAAGUUUUCUUUUUGAUACAGAUACAUACAUUUUUUAUUUUGUACAUAUAUUUUUAUACUGCUGCAUAAAGAUGUUGUAUAUUAUAUAUCAUGUCAUACAAUUAUUAGCCUUAAAUGUAAUUAACAUAUGACAAAGGCAAAAUAAAUAAACGCACAAGAAUUAGUAAAAAAAAAAACAUUUUUAAAAGGUUUUUAUUUGUUUGUUUGUUUGUUUUCCGGAUGGAAUGAUCAUUUAAAGAGAUUAAAGCUCUUCCAAGCUUUAUAAUUGCAGUGAAUGGGUGUUAUUUUUCACUAGACCAAAAGAAGUCCAAUAAAUUGCAACCAUCCAUCAUAAAAAAAAUCAGGACGUAGGCGUAGCGUACGCUCCUGUGAGAAGUGACAAACAUGGAAGUACAGAGGAGAGAGCAAAACUAAACAUGAAUCAGAAGUACAAAACGAGGAUUGUAGGACUGAAGAAAAUGUUGGAGGAUUUUGAUAUAAGCCAAGAGGAGACUGGUUUUCUUUGCUUUUGAAAACAAAUCUUGGUUCUCACGAGACUAACAUAUUCUCACGGGAGCUUAUGCUACGCCUACAUCCUACGUUACAUCAUCCGCUGGAACGUCACUCUCUUGUGAACGUGUACGUCAGUCAGCGGAAGCUAGAGAUUACAGUUUAUAAAGUUUAAAAUAUAGAGCCGUGUGGAGCACUUUUUAUGAUGGAUGAAUGUGCUUUAUUGGACUUCUUUUGGACUACUGAAAUAUAACACCCAUUCAUUGCCAUUAUAAAGCCUGAAAGACCAAGGAUCAUUUUUAAUAUAACUCUGAUUGUAUUUGUCUGAAAAAAGAAAGUCAUAUACACCUAGGAUGGCUUGAGGGUGAGUAAAUCAUAGGGUAAUUUUGACUUUUGGGUGAACUAUCCCUUUAAGUGUAGUGUAAACAUGGAACACAUGCAGUAUUUACAUUAUAAUUAUCUUAAUAUAUAGUUAUUUCAUAUUAUUAGUGCAGGUGGACCACAAUGUACCAGCUGCUUUGACAGUCUCAGCUCAGCUGAUGUCCAUAAUAUAUUGCAAUAACAACUUUUUGGAGCUGUAGAAGUGAAAUGAAUGAAUCAAUCAAUCAAUCAACCAAUCAAUCAAUCAUUCAGCAGAACAGCUGUUGACUGAAUAAAUUCUAGCUGGACAAGCCCAUGUGCAAUCAUGUUGGAUAACUGACUGAAUUCUGGAGUAGCACCAUGUGUAUUUAACAAACCCCCUGGCUUUCUUUCCCAUAAUUAAGUCCCUUGAGCUUUGCCAACUAAACUAGUCUUUUACCUUGGUAUUAAUGAUGUUAAUUAGAAAUAUCAAUAUGAAGUAGCAUAUUAACAACAGCUGACAUUUUCUUGUUGUUUAUGCAUAAUUCAGAUUCUGUAAAUUUGUUUACAAAUGUUCACUUGACAGCUGGAGCUGCAACAGAAAUAAUCAGUUGUCAAAACCUGUAUUGCUGCAUUCACACAAGUACAGGCGAAUAUGAAUAUUAGAAUGCAGGCACAGAUGAAAUUUGGCUCAAUCAUGUUGUCAUAACUGCAACAGAAGGCUAGAGUGGAAGCAGAAAAGGGUCUCUUAACUGCCAGUGGGGAAGAUUGCACUUCAAAGGCUCCCACACACUCAAGCAGGCAGGAUGCACUUCUAUCCUCAGUUAUAUCCCUGAAAAGCUACUCAGCUCUGUGAAAACCACAAGGGUUGAUGUAUUUUUGGAAAAUAUCAGUAAUAUUAAUGCCUAUAGAAAUGCUGGAUCAAUACAAACAUGUUUUAGAAACUAUGAUUCUGUGACUACUGAGAUGAAAUCGCAUUUGUUGUAGCACAUUUGCAAUUAAAAGCCUUUAAGUCACAGUUAACUAAAAACAAAAAUAACAACAAAAAUAACAGAAUUGUGAGUUAAUAAAUUCUGAUGAUUUUAUAACAUAAAUUCAGGUUAUUAAGUCAGAAUUGUGAGAUACAAACUCCUGACUGAGAACAUAUCAGUCUUUUUCCCCCUUAGAACUGGACUUUAUAACUCACAAUUGCGAGUUUAUAUCUCACAAUUCUGAGAAAAAAAUUCAGAAUGGAGAGAUGUAAACUCGCAAUUGCAAGAAAAACUAUAAAAAAAAUUGUGAUAUGCAAACUUACAAUUGCAAGAACUGUGAGAUAAAAAGUCACAAUUACCUUUAUUUUUAUGUUUUUCAAUCCAGUGGCUUCAAUUUGUAUCACUUUCUGUUUUUUGUUGAUAUUUUAAUAAAUGUUGGUAAGCAAACUGAUUUGGUGGCCAUUGACCUCUAUUGUAUGGAUAAUAAUAAAAAAAAAAAGCUGAAACAUUUCUUAUAUCUUCUUUAAGGCUACACAGAAGAAAAUCAGUCUUCGGAAAAAGUGCUGGAAUGUAGGGUUAUUAAAUGAUAACAAAACUGCUUGAGUUCACUAUAUUCUUUAACUAUUUCCUCUCAGUUAGCAGAUGCUCUCAGUUGUGGUUUGAUUGUAUUUGUGAAGGCGAGAGAUCUAACGAACUUACGUUGCGAUAACAUCUUGCAGAAACAGAAUAGUGUCCUUUAACUUCCUUUCUUUGUUCCUCUAAGAAAGUUCCUCAAACCCAAAAGUGACUGUACAUUCUUGGCUUACACCGCUGCCAAAAAAGCUUCUCGUUAUACACUCAAUCUUGAACUAAAUCAACCACAACCCUUCCUGAAGGAUUUCCACUUGGUUUCCGUAAAGCAGCUGUACUACAAAUUUAAGAUUAAUAAUGUUUAUGGGCUUCUGUAACGUUAUAGAUCACUUCCAGUUUACCAUUCUGUAACCGCUUGUGAUCAUUUGGAAAUUAGGCUUGGUAGGAAACAUUACAGACUUGAUGUCUUUGAAUUGGUGUCAGAAUUUCUACAGUAACUUCCUGCCUACAGUAACAUUAGAAGUACACUAUAUUUGCACUUGUGAGUCUCCUCUUUUGAAUCUGAGAUCUACUUAUAUUCAUAAUUGUGUUUGUGAUUUAAGCAUUUGUAAGCAACACAAGCACCACCAGCAUCAUGAAAUAAAUCGACCUGCAUAAAUUGA